AUGAUCCUUGGUAGCAGAUGUCAUAUGGAAGAUAGAAGAAUUGUUAGCAAGGAAAACGGGGAGGAGGUGAGUUGACUGAAGUGUAAGACACUUCACAGUAGGUCCACCAAAUCAGAUGCAACAAAUCUGUGGUCUCCUAAAUGGUAAUCUUGGGCUUUCUGGAGGAAAAAAGGGUAGAGUGAAACCUGGUUACAGGUAAAUACCAUCAUCAUUAUCAUAAUCACUGUUUGCCCUUGUUGAGAACAGGACCAGCAAUCAAGUUGUUUCAACACAUUUACUUCUUCGCUGCAUUUUCUGAAUCUCAGGCACAUUCCCCUUGUUUCUUUUUCCAGUCCUGGCCCCAGUUAUUCAAAAGGUGGGUAACGCAAUCCACCGGCUAAAUCUCUAACCGGUGGAUAACGCAAUUGGUUUCCCUUUAAUACUUAUCCACUGGAUAACGCUAUAUCCAACUUUUAAAGCAACUGGGGCCUGGGGCCCGUUUCUCGAAAGUCCCGAUAAUUAACGGGCCCGGUAAGCUGACUCCGUUUACAUUAGAGAUCGAGGUUUCAAUAGUUUUACAUCUACCAUGACAAAACUAUCAGUUAAUGAAACAAAAUGGAGUAGUUUGCUAGCCAGGACCAGCGCUCUUAUUCUUUAUAUUUUGAUUUGAAUAUUUGACUUAGGGCCCGAAAAGUUACCCGGACUUCCGAGAAACCGUGUCCCCUGGACAUUGCCAUGUCUUUGUUAACCCUUAUUAGUAUAUACACACUCAGUGAUCUUGGUAAUUCAAGCAAUCUGAUUGGUUAGCUAUCUCGGACUAUGACGUUAUAUUCACCGCGCUAGGCGGUGAAUAUAAAGCCGAACAAAAUCGCUGUCGUGAACUGGGUGUUUUGCCAAAGUUUCAAAGUAGAACCUUUUUGAAAAUAGACGAAUAUCCAAGUGCUGAUGACUUUGAAGGCAAGAAAAGACUUCAUGGUGUUUAAACAGCGUGAUUUAUUGUGAAGUGGUUUACUUUAGCUGACUUUUUGUACGCUCGAAGCUAUGUUUACCACUACAGAGGAAAACGAGGUCGCUUUGUCACUGUUUUGUGAUUUCGAGAUUUUCUCGCAAGACCAAUUUUGCCUAUAAAUAGAAGUUAAUUUAUGGAGAAGAGAGGAAGGCAAAUAUUUUCGAAAAUUGUACGUGCCAGCAAGUUAACAAGGCAAAGAACUUUGGAGAUAAACAACGCUCACCUUGAUCGCAGCCGCUGUUGACAGCAUUUGUAAGAAGCGACGAAGAAAACUUUCUCAUUCACGGUGAGUUGACAGAAACAAAUAAAGCUCUAGAUACUUUUCUUCUCAGAAUUGGGUAGUAAUUUAAAUUUUCGGCGUUUUCUUUUAAACCGUUGAUGCUAAAGCUUACAAAACUCGAUACAAAAGGAUUAAAACUAUCAUUUGCCAUGUUUGAAGAUACUGUAAAGAUCUAACUUUUGCGCAUCCACUGUUUACGGCUUCGUGUUCACGCAUGAAUUCACCCGUCAAUCAAACUAAUCGUUUUUUAACGGUUUCCCUUCUGAUUCCGUUGAGAUCACUUCGUGUGAAUAUACUAAAACAAUUAUUCACCUCAGGCUCAGUUAAUAUUGUUGAAUAAUCCCCUCGACUUCGUCUCGGGGAUUAUUCAACAAUAUUAACUUCGCCUUCGGCGAAUAAUUGUUAAUUGUACUUACCUGUGGGUGCCCAUGUCAGUUGUGAUGUUGGGAUAAUAAGCGGAUGCCAUUCGUAGAAACCUAAAUAAAGUACCACAAUAUAUAGUAAUGAAAAUGUGGAGAAAAGUUUUAAUAGCUGUUUUUUUCUUUGCUUGCUUUUCUGCUUUAGCUGGCCAAAGAGCACGGUGCCCAGUUCUUUGAAGUAAGUGCCGAAGAGAAUAUCAACAUCAAGGAAGCCUUAUACAACCUAGCUGAAAAAAUGCUUGAGAAGAAACUGUCCACGGACAAUGAGGAAACUUCUCAAAACAUUCGCGUCAGUGAUACCGAAGAGAAAAAAGGGAGGUGUUAUUAAAAACACUCAGAGUCAGCUGUUUUUAAUUAAAACUGUAAUAGACUGCAUAAGAAUGCACAAGUAUUCAUAAUUCAUAAAGAAAAAAACAAAGAAAAUCAUAUCGUAACGUUAGUUUGAAUAUCGGAUCUUAAUGAUACCAUAAGAUAAUGCGCUUUUUGCAAAGGCUGACGUCACGUUACCGACGUUACCAUGGUCGUAAAAUAUCUGGAUCAAGGACGAUAGGGAGCUUUAGCAACAACGACGGCGACGGCUACAAAAAGGCAAAAAAACAAUAGGUUGUUUUGCACGUCCAUCACACUUUUUUGAACAUUUCGUAGCCGUCGUUGCACGACUGUGACAUGAAACUUCCUAACUUCACGCGCUCGCUUAAUGAAGUGGUUGAACAAAACACAAAAAUUCUCUUUUUCUUUUUCUAAAUUUAGAUAUGGUUUUUUCGGAUUCAACACCGGAAAAUUUCUCCAACAUUUGACAAAUUAAAUGAAAUUGAAUAAUAAGAUCGAUGAAGUUUGAAACAGUGCGAAUUUGCUUUUUAGUAAGCGAUCAGCUGUAUUUACGACCAGCAUUGUGAUACCCCAGUUGAACUGUGACUUAAUCUCUGUUAUGAAAAGCUCUUGUGAUAAUUAAAGCUAUUUUACUGUCACGAAAGUAAAAUGUGGUUAAUGGAACGUGACGCCAGUUAUCAGUAACCCUCUCAUGGCGGUUCCUUUUCAAUAAAGCAGUUGUGUAGUCAAGCUGCUAAGGUCAGCAAGCUCUAAGAUACAUUGUAUUCUAGCGUAGAACUUUACGGCCUUGUUGUAUUUAGCAUGCUAGUACGAUCCACAGCAUUGGCCAACUUUUUCAAUGCACUAUUCAUGGCUAAGAGUUCGCACGUGCAACUCUGAGCUGUCUUGUAGUACAGCCUUUUCUACUGGCUAUGCCAGCAGACGUUUGCCUAGCUAUAAAAGCCUAGAACAAGUGUUCAGAGUUCACUUGGCUUCUGUUAUUCAGCAACGGUUAGCGCUCAGUAUACGAUUCUUGUAAAAUUUUUCCCUUCCUCCCUCCCUUUGGAGACGAGGUUUGGGCUUUGUUUUGUGCUAUGCGGUGAAAUAAACUAGGGAUACUCCUGCGUCGUGCGGUUAAGUCUGCGCAGCGACUUCCCCCAAGCUUGUUGGCCGCGUUGCAAACCGAUACUCUUGUCCGAUCCAGCACGUGCUGUAUUGCAUUCAGCUCGUAGUGCUGGGGAGAUAAGUGAGGUUCUUUGGUCACGCCAUCGCCGGAAGUCGCAUUAGGCUACAAGGCAGUGCUCCCCCAUUAACGCCAACUUGUCAUUAUUUGUUUUUAUAAUUUAGUUAUGCGUUUAACAUGCAUCGCGAAGGAACAGAGACAUUAACUAACUUUAAUGACGCGUUAAUUCGGAAAGUAAUGAGUAAUACGAAAAGUUUAACAAAUAAAUAAACCUUGACUGUC